AUGAGUGGGAUGAUGGAGCUGACCAGUGUAAAAAAGAUUCAUGUACGAUAUUGUUUCGAAGGCAUACAAAACAUCAUAUUCGAUUAUGUUAACAAGCAUGUACGUAUGCAAGAAGGGCCAGACCAUGGUUCUACCUCGCAUCAAGGUUUCGACUUAGAGCCGUUUGCGAUUAACCAUCUCGACAAGGAAUACCUCUUAUCUGUGGAUGGUUACUACGACGAGACUUCCGGUGUGAUUCAAACACUUCAAUUCAAAACAAACAUGAAAACUUCGGAAGUGAUGGGAUAUGAGGAAAAGGGUACUAAGUUUUCACUUGGGUGCAACCGUAUGAUGAUCAUAGGGUUUCAUGGAUAUGCUAAGGAUAACCUAAACUCGCUGGGAGCUUAUUUCACAACGCUUCCACUUACAAAACUGGAGCACAAAGGUAAACAUAGUGGAAAACAUUGGGAUGAUGGUAGUUACCAAGGAAUAAGGAAGGUGUCCGUUCAUUAUGAUGCUUAUAUAAGGUGUAUUGGUUUCGAGUACGAUAACAAAGGCCAAGUGGAAGCACGUGAGCACGGGUCGAAGGUUGCACUCAUUGGACAAGACGCAGAGUUUGUACUAGACCAUCCAGAUGAAUAUGUCACGUCCAUAAAGGGUAAAUUCACAAAGUGGGCUAGUGGUGAAACGGCGAUUACAUCCUUGACUUUCAAAACAUCAAAAGGGAGGACCUCUCCGACAUUGGGAAAUGUGUAUGGGGACAAUCAUGUUGAUUUCGUGCUCGAGAGCAAAGAUGCGGAGAAACUAGAAGCACAUGGCGGUGAUGUAGGAACUUCCUGGGACAAUGGUGGUGCCGAUGGUGGUUGA